UCUAGUCAAUAUCGAUGGCUUUGACCUCGAAACAAAACAGAGGGAAAAGAACCUUCAUUUGUAGUUAACUAACCUCAAAUUUUCUCUCUCCUCCAUUUUCAGCCAUGGAAAUAGCUCCGUCGACCUCAACUUCCGGCGGUGGUGGUCCGGCGCCAUUUUUGCUGAAAACGUACGACAUGAUCGACGACUCAUCGACGGACGAAAUCGUGUCAUGGAGUCAUUCACACAACAGUUUCAUCGUCUGGAAUCCUCCUGAAUUUGCUAGGCUUUUGCUUCCUACUUACUUCAAACACAACAAUUUCUCUAGUUUCAUUCGUCAGCUCAAUACUUACGGAUUUCGGAAGAUUGACCCGGAAAGAUGGGAAUUUGCGAAUGAGGAAUUUAUAAAAGAUAAGAAGCAUCUCCUGAAGAAUAUCCAUCGCAGAAAGCCCAUCCAUAGCCAUAGUCAGCCUCCACCAGAUCCAGAGAGAGCAACAUUUGAGGAAGAGAUAGAAAAGCUGAGUCGUGAAAAAAACGAGCUUGAUGCAAAAGUGUCAGGUUUCAAGAUGCACCAUUGUGCAGCAAAGUCACAGAUUGAAGACAUAACACAGCGUAUUUGUGGUAUGGAGCAACGACAAGAGAAAUUACUGACCCACUUGCAGAAAGCAGUUCAGAAUCCUGCUUUUGUUGAGCAUCUUGCUCAGAAAAUAGAAGCUAUGGACCUGACAGCAUAUAACAAGAAGAGGCGUUUGCCUCGAUCUGAUCUUUUUCUCCCUGCAGUGGAGAAUAAUUUUGGGGACAUCUAUCAGCAAGAUCUGUCAAAUAAACUUAAAUUGGAGCUAUCAACAGCUGUUUCAAAUAUUAACUUGGUCUCAAAUAGCACACAUAGCUCAAAUGAAGACUGGUCAAGUCCCACACAGCGAUCAUCUGGUACUGAUCCAAAAGAUGCAGAAUUGGGAAUAUGUACCCUGCCAUUUGCUACGGAAACAGUAGAGCUGUCAGAUGCAGGAACAUGCCUAGGUUUUAAGACAGAUGCGUCAUUGUCAGACAAAGUUGGAGUAAAGGAAUGUUCUGGAUUGCAGUCUUUGCAGUCAAACUUGGUAUCAGCUGAAGAAUGUGAAGGUCAGAUAUGCUGCCAGUUGAAUCUUUCAUUAGCAUCAUCUCUAGUGCAACCCAAUCAAAAUUCCUAUUCAAGUAGAGCAACCCAUAUGGACGUGGAUAUUAGUGGACCUCAAGGAACAAGACCUGUUACCAACGGUAGUAAUAGUGAUGGGCUAGGGGUGGCUUCGAAGAAUAAUAACUCGGUCAAUAAUGUUGGUAAUUUAUCACCAUCACAAGAGACUCGGAGUAAUAACCGGGCUCCUGCUCCAGCUGCACCUGCCCGAGUAAAUGACCAUUUCUGGGAGCAGUUUUUAACUGAAAGGCCAGGUACCUCAGAUACUGAAGAGGCAUCUUCAUGUUAUAGGGCUCUCCCUGGCGAUGAGCAAGAAGACAGAGGGUCAAGCCAUGGAUUGUCUAGAACUGCAAAGAACUUGGGUAAGCUUACUCUUUGAGCUGCAACAUAGUAUAUAAGUAUAUAUAGGACUUGUAUAGUGGAUAUUAUAGCAAGCUUCACAUGCAAAUUGUCCACAUCUGUAAGAUAUUGAACCUGACAACCAUAACUCUAGUCUCUAGUUGAGAUUACUGGCUAUCUGAUUUAUUGUACUCUUUAGCUAAUAUUAUACUGAAAGCUGAUUGUCUUUCUUUGGAAA